AAGAUCAUGAGUUUUCCCCUGUUUUCGAUGACAAAUACAAUUAGAUUACUCAUAUGUGAGAAGCGAAGCUUAAGCCUUAAGCCAAGGGUGCAAGAGAUGUCGUGAGUUGUAUGGUUCCACUAUUUUUUUUUCCUAUUAACAAAUUAAGAUGUAUAUUUACGUUUUUUAUUUUUUAUUUUUAUGGAAAAAAGAUACCACGCACCAAUCCAAACAGCAAAUGGUGUGGUAAAUUUUUUUUUCUGGAUUAUCUUAUCUUCUUAAAUAAUAAAUAAAUUUUAAUUUUGCACGCAUCAUUGAUGGGCCGAACACAAAUGUGAUAAAUGGCUUAGUUGUAGGGAUCUAGAUCCAAUUUUGAUAUUUUGGGGGUCUGUAUAAAUAAAUAGUUCUAAUGCUAGGUGAACGAAAGCAGUUUUUACAAGGAUUACUAUUAGAAAGGGAAGAGGCCUGUGGGUGUGGCUCGACUAUAUAUACACAACUACAACACACCACAAACUCAAACUCAAACCUCUCUUCAACUCUCAUACUAAAGAAAUGGCAUUGGCACCCAAGAUUGACGUGAAAAGUUUGGACGAAAAGUUAGAGAAUCUCUACCGACUGUACUCUAUCAAGAAGAAGAAAGAGUUGCAUGACGAAGAAAGCAACCAAGUCAUCAACAUGAGAGCCAUGGCGGCCAAAGAAGCUCCUCAAGAAGAAUGGCAAAUGAUCAUUCGAGAGAAACUUGUCGUGAAACAAGUUUUUGCCCGUGGAGGCUUCGGGUCUGUGCAUAAAGGCAUCUAUGAUGGACAAGAAGUUGCAGUCAAAGUGAUGGAGUGGGGAGAAGACGGCCGAACAAAAUCUGAAAUAGCUUCUUUGAAGAAAGAUUUUAGGCAGGAGGUUUCUAUUUGGCAUAAGCUUGAUCAUCCUAACAUUACUAAGUAUAUUGGAGCCACAACGGAUAUCGACUCUGCCUCUGUUAUUACUGAGUAUCUUCCUGGAGGAACCCUAAAAGCCUUCCUCAUCCAACACCGGAAAAAAAAGUUGCCUCUCAAGACAGUUAACCGACUGGCCGUUGAUCUUGCUAAAGGAUUGAGUUUUUUGCACUCCAAGAACAUUGUUCAUAGAGACGUGAAAACGGAAAAUGUGCUUCUUGAUAAGGAUGGUAGGGUGAAGAUAGCAGACUUUGGAGUUGCUCGUCUGGAGGCUUCAAAUUUAGCAGAGAUGACAGGCUACACGGGAACCCCCGGAUACAUGGCCCCUGAGGUCCUGGAAUGUAAACCCUACAACAGGAAAUGCGACGUUUAUAGCUUCGGGAUUUGCUUGUGGGAGAUGUAUUGCUGCGAUAUGCCCUACCCUAACAUCACGUUCUCCGAAUUGACUUCGGCUGUUGUUUAUAAAAAUUUGAGGCCAGAGAUACCCAAGCAAUGCCCAAGCUCUCUAGCCAAAGUGAUGAAACAGUGCUGGGAUGGAGAACCCAAGAGAAGGCCAGAAAUGGAGGAGGUUGUUUCCAUGCUAGAGGCAAUUAACACGUCAAACAGUGCUCCUUCGGGUUGCUUCAGCUUCUUCGGCUCAAGACGCUAA